GAAAGUUUUGUGUUCUGAGCUGAAAAGUCCAUAUUGUGAACUGGAAACACUCAAUUCAGCGUUCUUGAAAUGGCUGUCAGGCUGCCUGAUCACAGAGGAAGGUUGCAAGUCUCUGGUCUCAGCUUUUAGCUCCAGUUCUUCCCAUCUGAAAUAGCUGGACCUGAGCUACAAUAACCCAGGAGAGGCAGGAGUGAAGAUGCUUGAGCAGCUAAGACUGGACACUCUGAGGGUGGAGCCUGCUGGAGUCCGAUGGUUGAGACCAGGUCUGAGGAAGUGUUCCUGUCAACUCACAAUCGACACAAACACAGUGAACACAAACCUCCAACUGUCUGACAACAACAGGAAGGUGACACAUGUGGAGGAGGUUCAGUCAUAUCCUGAUCAUCCAGACAGAUUUGAUGUUUGUGAACAGCUGCUGUGUAGGGAUGGUCUGACUGGUCGCUGUUACUGGGAGGUCGAGUGGACGAGGAGGGCUUGGAUAUCAGUGAGUUACAGAGGAAUCAAAAGGAAAGGAAGGAGUGAUGAGUGUGUGUUUGGUGGAAGUGAUCAGUCCUGGAGUCUUUUCUGCUCUGAUGAUGGUCCUCGUUAUGUCUGGCACAAUAAGAGACAAACAUCCAUCUCCUCCUCCUCCUCCUCUGUCUCUAACAGAGCAGCAGUGUAUGUGGACUGUCCUGCUGGCACUCUGUCCUUCUACAGAGUCUCCUCUGACACUCUGAUCCACCUCCACACCUUCAACACCACAUUCACUGAACCUCUUUAUCCUGGAUUUGGGUUCUGGGAUCAAUCGGAUGACGACAAUGAAAAGAUAAAGAACAGUCUGUAA